AUGUCCAAAUCAUUCAUCUAUACGAACCCACGGGCGAGCUCAUGGACACACACGUACGAUACAGACAUAAACCUUGCUGAGGCUUUUCACAAGCGCCUUCCAGGGUAUAACGAGACUCCCCUGGUGCCUCUGGAUGACCUCGCGAAGGAGUUGGGAGUCAAAGCAAUCUUUGUCAAAGACGAAAGCAGCCGGCUUGGACUGCCGUCGUUUAAGAUCCUGGGAGCUUCAUGGGGCACCUUUCGUGCAAUCGCCGAGAAGCAUGGACUUCCUCUUGACUCGAGCCUUGAAGAUAUUUCGGAUGCUGCAAAGAAAUCGAAGACAAUACUAUUCGCGGCAACAGAAGGAAACCAUGGCCGGGCUGUUGCAAGAAUGGGCAAGAUACUGAAGAUUCCGGUUCGGAUCUUCAUGUCCAAAUUUGCCGAUCAUGAGACCUGUCAAAAGAUCGAAAGUGAAGGUGCCAGAGUCACGGCUAUCUCUGGCAACUACGAUGAUGCUGUCUCAAUGGCCUUCCAGGAAUCCCAGAAGGCGCCAACGGGCCUUCUUAUUCAAGACAAUGCCUUUGAUGGAUACGAGCAAAUUCCGGCUUGGAUCGUUGAAGGCUAUUCGACGCUUCUGUUCGAAGUCGAGCAGCAACUCAAAGCACAAACCCAGGAAGCGACCAUGAUUGUUACUCCUAUUGGCGUUGGGUCUCUUGGCCACUCUGUUGCCGCUUAUUGCAAGUCUAACGGCAGGCAAAUCGGGGUUGUGACAGUGGAGCCCGAAAACGCUGCAUGUUUGCACCAAAAUCUUAAGGCUGGCAAAUGGACUACAAUCGAGACGUCGGCAACUAUCAUGAAUGGUAUGAAUUGUGGGACUGUCUCGCCUAUUGCCUGGCCAAUUCUUUCGGAAGCGGUCGACAUCAGCAUCACAAUAUCAGACUCGGAAUGCCAUCAAUCCGUACAGUACCUGCAGGCCCACGGUGUCAAUGCUGGGCCUUGUGGAGCUGCGGCACUUGCUGCAGUGAAGAAGAUCGGGUCGACAGAUUCUCUGCCCGUAGGCAUGCCUAAUGACGCUGUCAUUGUACUGUUAAGCACCGAGGGUGCCAGAGCCUACGCUCCUCCUUGA